AUGCUAAAUUAUAAAAUAGCUCUAAAAACUUCUGAAAAACGUUAUAGACAAAAAUAUAGUUGUAUUGAUAUUCUUCAGCGAAGCAGGACCCCCACCAGACCCUUGGAUGAUGCAUACGCUAAUAUGGAAUUACCAUCUGAUUCAAACAUAGUGAGGAUAAUGUGCUAUGUGCAUAAACCUAAACUGUUACUCAAAUCUCCUGACUGUGUGGUCUCUGUGGGGGUCUGCGUACGCUGUUUUACUGCGCUUUCUUUUGUAUUCGUGGUGCGCAUUAUCUACCACGUUGGCAGUAUCGCUUCCUUUAUUGUGGCCAGAUGGCCUGCCGAGAGAGGUGUGCGCCAAUCCCGUUUUACAGAUUCGAGGAGAGGGGCGCUGGUAUGGGAUGGACUAGGGUCGGGUAUUUUUUUGAUCUUCACCCAGGUUCUUUCACUCAGCUGCGUUUCUCUUCCCCUUUAG